AUGUCUGUGGCUCGAUUGUCUGCCAAGGAUACUAAUUCGGAGUUGAAAAGGGCUAGAUUGGAUAUCCAACUGGCACUAAGUUUUUCGGACGAGGACAAGAUUGGAACCAUUCAGCCACACGACGAUGCUUUGGUGAUCACACUUAGGAUUGGGGGAUAUGACGUGAAGAGAGUGAUGGUGGACCAGGGCAGUGGUGUUGAAAUCAUGUACCCCGAUCUGUACAAGGGGCUAAACUUAAGACCCGAGAACUUAACAAUCUACGAUUCUUCUUUAGUGAGUUUUGAUGGGAAGGUUGUCAUCUUGAAGGAUCAGAUUAGACUACCUAUGCAGGCUGGUUCAGAAGUGGUUGAGGUGGACUUCAUCGUGGUGGACGCUUAUUCCCCCUACACGACUAUUGUGGCCAGACCUUGGCUUCAUGCCUUAAGAGUACUCUGCACCAGAAGGUAA